CUCUGGCUUUUGCUUUCACCUUCUUUUUCCAAUUGAGUGCUAUCCAUGUCUCGUAGACAAAAAAUUUUUUUCUGCACUUUGGUAAUGUACGGAAUAAUCGGAAACUCCAUGCUUUUCGCUCUUCCCAUAAAAGCGUGAAUUAUGAAUGAACCUGAUCUUCGGUGCUUCUGGUUAAAAGCCUUCCCUAUUCAUAACAAAUACUAUUAGCAUUUUGUGAUUGCGUGAUGAAUGUCAACCUUUUGAUUGCUGGCUUCGGCUUGCCACGCUGCAUCCAGAAGAGGUGAUUAAGUUUGGUGAAAUAGUUCAUACUCAACAAUAACUGAUUCUACUGUGAGAGUGAUGAGACAGAUCAUGAUCGUUGGAUAGUAAGCAGCUUUAUUUCCAAGUAGCUGUACGAGGCAUUUCAUAGAAAGCAAUUAUGGUGUUCCCUGAUGAGGCUUCUCAAAGGCUUGAGGGGAAGUAUGCAGCAAUGGUUGUGUGUUGGCUUCUCGGAAAUGGCUGCCUCUUUUCCUGGAAUAGUAUGCUUACAAUAGAAGAUUACUAUGGUUAUUUGUUCCCGCAUUAUCACCCCUCAAGGGUCCUUACUCUUGUUUAUCAGCCAUUUGCACUUGGAACACUUGCAAUACUGGCUUACAAUGAGGCAAAAAUAAACACAAGAAGAAGGAAUCUAUUUGGAUAUAUCCUGUUUUUCUUAAGUUCCCUGGCCGUUCUAAUUUUGGAUUUAGCUACUUCUGGAAAAGGAGGAAUUGGAACUUUCAUCGGAAUUUGUGUUGUCAGUGGUGCCUUUGGGGUUGCAGAUGCUCAUGUGCAAGGUGGAAUGAUUGGAGAUCUCUCCUACAUGAACCCUGAAUUUAUUCAAUCAUUUGUCGCUGGUUUGGCUGCAUCAGGGGUUAUAACCUCUGGUUUGAGGUUAAUCACAAAAGCAGCAUUUGAGAAUUCGCAGGAUGGUCUUCGCAACGGAGCCAUUCUAUUCUUUGCCAUCUCUGCAUUUUUUGAGCUUCUCUGUGUUCUGCUCUAUGCAUAUGUGUUCCCAAAAUUACCCAUUGUCAAGUACUACCGCUCCAAGGCAGCCUCUGAAGGAUCUAAAACUGUUGCAGCUGACCUGGCUGCUGGUGGCAUCCAAACAUUGCCCCAAACUGCUGAGGAAGACCAAAAACACCAGGAAAGGCUGAGCAACAAAAAGUUACUGCUUGAGAACAUUGAUUAUGCUCUUGACAUGUUCCUGAUAUAUGUGCUAACGUUGUCUAUUUUUCCGGGAUUUUUGUCUGAAGAUACUGGAAAGCACAGUUUAGGCACUUGGUAUGCGCUUGUUUUGAUAGCAAUGUACAAUGUAUGGGAUCUUAUUGGGAGAUACAUUCCACUAGUGAAAUUCUUGAAGCUGGAAUCAAGGAGAGGUCUGACAACAGUGAUACUUUUUCGUUUCUUGCUCAUCCCAGCAUUUUAUUUCACAGCUAAAUACGGUGACCAAGGCUGGAUGAUCAUGCUAACAUGCUUUUUGGGCUUAACUAAUGGUUACCUCACUGUCUGCGUUCUUACUUCUGCACCCAAGGGCUAUAAGGGACCAGAGCAGAAUGCACUGGGAAAUUUGCUUGUUUUGUUUCUCAUAGGCGGCAUCUUCGCAGGGGUCACACUUGACUGGUUAUGGCUCAUAGGCAAGGGAUGGUAAACUUAGGUUCUAAAGCUGGUAUUAAGAAUGAAAGACCACAUUUCUCAUUUGAACGGAUGGUGAAAUUCGAAAUACUGAUUCAUCUAUUCAAACUCGGUGACAUGGUGAAAUUGUUCAAUAGUUGAAGACUCUACAAGCAGCGAUGCUUAAAUUUCGUAUUCAGAUAGAGAUAGUGCCAAAUUCAUAUUGCUUUGUAAAUUUUCUCAACUUCAUGUUCAUUGUCUUCUAUAUAUUAAUCAUUUCAUAAUUGCAGUGAAGAGGACUCAAGAAGCCCGUAUUUGCAAGGCUCAAGGCUGUUUCAGGUAUUUUAGUUAUUUUGGUGAGAGUGUACUGGACUUUUUGGGUCCCAAUGGUUGGGAUGGCUUGGGGCAAAGGAAUCCUUUGCCGUCUGUCUUCUACUGGCAAGCCCAAAGCCAUCUUGGCGUGGAAUCAACAGCAUGACCCCAAUUGGUAGACUCCCAACACGUUUUGAAACGGGCUUUAUUCUACAUCUACCAAACUUGCUAACUGAGCAUUCAGAAAUCAAGAAAAUUCUGACACAACACACGGUACAGGUAGCCCACCAACUGUUGUCGUCUACUAUGAGCAUUUGAAGGCGUAAACUCGUGCGUCAACUCAAUCUGGUACCUACCAUGGAAGCUACAAUUUUGGAGUAAUUAUAAUUAUAG